CGGCGUGUGGAGGCCACGGCGAGAGACAUCGGGCGGGAUGUCUGUGGGAAGAAGCAGGGAGAGAGAGGAGCAGCGGAAUGUGUGAUAAGGACGGAGAAGGCGCUUACCGUGGCCGUAAAAUCGACGUUAGUGUCCUGGCCUGCUGGCCUUGCUCGGUGGACUCGCGCAGGUUGACUCGCAGGUCUUUACCCGAGAUGGUCUUCACACGAGUGGCUGAACACGACGGCUGACACGCGGCUGACGCUUCCGCUGACGCUCCAGGGCGGACAAACAAAAGGCUGACAGGAAGUCCAGAGGAGCGGAUGACUCCUUUAGCGAAGAGCAGGUCGCUCCUCACCCACGCACCGAAAGAUCACAGCUCGCCCAGGGCGCCUCACGGCGUAAGACGCUCCCGGGGACUUCGUGACGACUCAGAGGGGGGGGGGGCACGGACGGAAACAGGAACAGCGGCGGCUGCCGCACCGGCGAAGGAUAAAUCCUCUUCCUCCUCAAAGGAACGUAACCAACACGGGACCGCAGUCACGCAGCAGGACAGCGAGGAGGUGGUGUCGGCCAUGGCGGUGGACAAACAGAAGCUGGACAACACAGUGAAAGACACGAAACACAGACUUCAGAUCCCAAAUCACAACAUCAGCAACCUGGAAGACCUGCAGAACAACUACAACUUCAACACCAACAUUAACAACAACAACACAGGAGCAGUCAAACCCCACAGCACUCCAGAGACCACCUCAGAACAUGGACCUCGCACUCCACCACCUGAGCUCUCUGUGUUCAGCCACAUCACAGCCUUCAUCAGUAAAGACAGGAAACAAAACCUGCAACCAACUUGCAGCUCCACAACCAAAACACACAGCCUGCAAAAGAUCACUGCACAAUUUCAAGACUACAACCGAGGACAGCACAACUUCUUCCACAUCUUCACACUGUACUUUGGGUUGCAUCCAUUCUCCAUUUUAGCUGAUAUGCUCUGUCUGCCUUUACAUGCUAAAUACAGUCACUACAGUACAGUCUUGUCAAAAAACUGUGCAUGCAUGUGUGGGUGGGUGGAGGCUUCCAAGAGCACUCUGCCCGACCUCUUCUAUUAAAUUCACUUUGUCACCUGCAAAGUGCUUCAAUAAAAAAUCCUCCUCACUUCCCCACCUCA